UCCCCACUCAUUUGAUAUAUAUUGAUUGACAAACCAAUCAUUCAGUGAUUUUAUUAAGUUCUCAUUGGAAGCCUCAAUACUUCCUUCUUCAACGUUCCUUUACUUUACUUUGUCUGCUGUUAAGAAUUUUAUUAAAGCAUCUCAUGAAGCAAAAGCCAUUGCACUUUUGUGUUAAAUUAUUUCACAUCUUGAUAUCAUAUGCCUGGAAAACAAUAUUUUGACUUUGACUAACGACUGGUUUUUCAAUAUCCUUGCUUCAAGACUGACUAAAGAGUUUUGGAGGAUAAAUUGGAAAAUUCCUUCUUCGAGAGAAAACAAAGUAUUGCCUUUCAGUGUUUUCAUCUCUCCCCGCGCUUGCUGUCUGCUUGUGUGUCCUCUAAUACGCAAAAUUCACGCAAAUUUGUUGCCAACAAGUCGCGUGCGUCUGGGUGUGUCACUGCAGGGCACGAUCCCCGUGAAAACAGCCUAAUCCACGGAACUGCCAAGAUCUUCACGCUUAGAUCUUCCUGUUGGUUUAACAUCACAAAAGCUAUCCUGGAAAAGAGAAGUCUCACCCCAGGCCAGCAACGCCCUCAAAACGAGGCGAUGACUCAGGCGUCGUUUUUCCGUCAUUCAUUUCCAGCAGUUCUGAUUUUUGUAAGAAAACCUUUUGUAACUUUCUGAAGCUAGUUUUGUUUAAACUGCCAUUUUUUGUGUGGUUCUGCAUGAAGAUGAAAGGAACAAGACUGUCUAUUCGAAUCAUAUUAAUGAUUUUUGCAAUUUGCUGUUGUGCAGUUGAUGGCAAGGAAGAACAACAAAAUGGAUGUUACAGGGAAUAUUCUUGGAAUUACGGUACCAUAAAAUUGCUGAGAUAUCCAAUUAUGUACCCAACAAAUCUCUCUUGUCAGUAUGUCAUCAAAGUACCCAAAGACAAGACAGUUCGAGUUAGAUUCAAAGACUUAGACUUGGUACCUAGAGGCUUGAAAAAUGGCAUGGAGGACAUUUCAGUAUUAAUAAAGAAUAAUGCUGAGUGGAUGAAAAUAGAGAAAUCGCUAUACGAAAAUGUCUAUGGCGAGGGCAUUUGCGUAGAUGCCAGAGACAUCUCAAUCAGAUUCAAAAGAGACAAAUUGAAAAAGAGUAGGCGACUCGAGGUUAUCUACAGGAUCAGUGAUAUCAAAUGUGAUGGUACAAAGCAUAGACAAACGGAAGGAGAAAGCAUUUUUGUUGACGCCUCUUUGCAUGAGAAAAGCAAUUCCGUAGGUUUGCGAGUAACUGAUGUGAAUGAGAAUGUACCAAGAUAUAAUCUUAAAGGUUCAAGUCAGACUUUACUGGAAUUUUUUAAGGGAGAUGACACAGCUGAGAGCAAAAUCAUACUUAAAAGCGUAGGUAUAUCACCCACGGCUCAUCAGAAGUCAUUCGACUUCUCUCAUCGGACGAUAAAUCAACAUGUUCGAGAAAGAGACAGCGUACGCCAGAUGAGUGACAUCAAAUCUCACAUAGCCGAGUCAUUAUGGCCUUUGAGAGAAUUGAAAACGAAUGCAGCUACAUUGCAUGACCUUGCAGAAGACAAGCAGCUGGAAGAGGUCUCACGAAAACGCAGUGGAGUAGAAGAGCACAACUCUUGGACAAGCAUUUUAAGUCCGUCAGUCUUCUCUGACCAAAUUGAUUCGACGAUAAGCACUGCAACAGUCAAGACACCUGGUCUCGCCCAAGAGGCUAACUUGCAGUCUACCUUGAACAUGGAAGAUCACAUGAUCAAUUUUUAUUCGAUGCACUCUGGCCAAGCCCAACAAGCUGGUAGCACUAGAUAUCCAUUCAUUGAAACUAGCUUUACAGACAGCGAUUCACAGACUGCGUUUCAGGGUUUUUCUAGGUCAAAGAAAAUGCCACCUAGCGAUGAAAAUACAAUCCAUUCAAGACUUGAAUCAAAAUCAUUGCACAAAGUACAUUAUUCAGGAGAUGACCAAAGCAUAACAACAAAAAUCGAGAGUUCUCUGAUAUCAGAAAAUGGCAUCGGAAAACAAGAUUUGACUGUUCAGAGUAAGCUGCAAUCGUCAAUCGUUGAUCGAACAGGUUUGUCAAACUUUCGUGACCAAACGGAAAAUCCCGGAGCCAUCGUUACGGUUAAUUCGGAGCAACAGUCAAUUCUUACUCAAAAGAUGUUCACAUUAAAGCCAACAGUUUCCUGGGAGAUUAACAAUGUACCGAAUUCAGAGGAAAUCGAUGAAUUAACAAAUUCAGAAUACAAAACAGAGACGGAUGCUAUGGAGUUGUUAAUGAAAGGAAAGAGCUCUGUUCCCAGCCUCGAUUCAGCUGAGCAACUUGUAACGGUCCAUUUACCAAAGGUUUUUGAAACGGUCCUUUCUUCCCAUAUACCAGAAAUUGCAAGUAUGUCUUUGCCGUUCAAAAGCCAAGGUCAUUUUGCAUCUUCCACAGAAUUGUCGCCAUCGUCAAUUCACAUUGAAAAUCUAAAGCAGUGGGUAAUGAGUAGGCAGUUGAGUUCUCUUUCUCCUCUCCGUCCCACUACAGUUUCAGUAAAGAGAUUCAGAACUAUAACAACAUCUAAAAGGUUGCUCUUGUCACGAAAAAACGAAUUAAAACGAUCGUUAACGAAGGCGGCAUCCUCUACCGUUUUACCCACGAGCAUUUUUCUGGAGCGUUCUCCUUUAUUUCUUGAACAAGGCUUUAUGAAAAGGACCAAAAAUAAAAAUUUAUCGAAGAAUUCCUUCAAACUGAAGACGCCAGUGCUGGUAGGAAAAUCUCUGAAAGAAAUUCAUUCAUCAGCAGCAGGCUUUGAAAGGAUCCUUGUGGCACACAGCAGUGUCGCACCUCUGUAUGAUACACUACGACCAAGCUCUUCAAUUGUAAGCAGACCUUCAAAGCAAACCCACAAAAACAGCAAAGACUUUCACACAAUGGGAAGUUUAUCUGUUUCAACAAAACUUUUUCUUUCCGCUUCAAAGUUACCUGAACUAUUCCCUUCAUUAAAGAAACAUAGAAUAAAUACAGUUGACCAGUUACGCCAAAUUGAAAACGUUCAGCCAACAACACGAACAUUACAGAUCAUAGUACCUUUUACGUCCUCAAAGCCAAUCCAAAAAUCCUCAUCUACGCAGCUAAUGCAUACAGAUUUUGGCGGUUUGAAACCUCGAAAAGAUCGAUUUUUUUUCUUCAGCAAAUCAGCCAUUCCUUCUUCAGCAAAUCAGUUAGGAACGCAAUCAGUUUUCAAACAGCCCCAAGAAACUACAUCAAAGGAUCUUGGAGGCUCAUUUAACACUUUACGUAGCUUGAAGAUAACACAGGCCGUGAACGUAGGACAAACUGGCAUAUACAAAGUUCCUUUUGAAAGUAUUUCAGUUUCACUCUUAAUGACGCAAUCACCGUUUCUGCAAAACAGCUAUCCAAUUUCAGCAUUUUCAAGUAAGCUGUCUGCCAGUUUGAGUUCAACUCAAACAUACAUGUCAGUUACUGAAAGCAACAUUGCAAGGCCACAUGAAUCAAAACCAACUCAGCAAACGAAGCACCUUUGCUCAGAGCAUUUUAUCAAAAACAUUGAUAUCCUUGAAGAAGACGACCCGUUAACGUUUGAGGUACUGGAUAUUUUCAGUUUAAAACUGAAAAGAAUGAUCGCUGUUUCCUGGCCUUAUGAAGGGUUACUAGGCAAAAUAGGGUUUAUGAACAAAGGGUAUGUUCUACAGAGCAGUGAUGAUCGGCUUUGGUAUACUCACAUCCAACACGCAGAUGAGAGAAUGUAUAUCGUAGCAAUCAACUCAAUGAGUGAUCUCCACAGAAGCACAAAGGUCGUUUAUUCACUGUUGUUAAGCCAAGACGAAACAAUUGAUGAACACCUAAGAACCUGGGGCCUUUCCAUUAGUAUCUUCUUUAAAACAUGCACACAUUACUCCUAGAGUCAGUGCCGUCGGAAUGAAAUUCAUAUUGGGGGGGGGGCUGCCCAUUGUUUUCCUUCUCGUUCAGAACACUGAUAUAAAGGAAACAUACUACAGUUUCACAAUUAUUGGGGGGGGGGCUCCAGCCCCCCAGCCCCCCCGGUUCCGACGGGCCUGUAGAGUAGAGUAAAAUUCCAUUUUAGUUAACUUCAGAUUAAUUUCAAAUUUCUAUUUAAAUUGCUAAGAAUUGCUAAUAUUAACUUUCUCCAAAAACAAAAGGCCAUUCGAUGGAUUUUAUGGAACAAAGAAAAACUAAUUUCAUUGAAUGUAGGGAAACUUUUGGUAUAAGAGAACUUUUUAGUGAUUGGAAAUGUUGCUGGAAAUAUAGGGGAACUUUUCCACUUCAAGCAAGGAUAUCUUUCGUAGUAAAGUGCUUUUAAGAUUGCAAAGGAAAAUUUUAAUCUUUUCAAAAUAUUUUGUUUGAGGACAAAGAAACUUUAGGGAAGUUUAAGAACAAUAGGUGACAGAUUCUCAGAAAAACUUUAAGACAUUUUUGCUAUUCUUUGGAUAACAGUAAUAAGAAAUUAAGAAAUGAAGGUGCUCAAAAAGCUAGUGUUUGUGAUGGCAACGUGUGCAAUUUCAUACUGAUUCAAGCGCUACAAUAGUGGCAUAGUAGAAUUUUCCAAAAUAAUGACCCACGCCAUAUACAGGGCCAACGCCAUGAAUUUGAAAGUGGGGGGCCAAGGCUAAAACGUUGGCCCCCCGGUGGCGGGGGCCUUGAGUAAUAAUCUUACAUUUUUUCAGCUUCCAAUUGCUCUAUCUUUUUACGAUAAACCUAAAAUGAAUCUUAGAAAUAAAAGAAAUUUUUUGCGUAAAAUAACAAGUUGUAAACGAGUUGUGAACUUACUUAUGAAUUGUGUUUAACGACAAAUGAAUGAUUUGUAAUUUCGAUUGAUUAUGAUGAUUUAUAAUGAACAGAAGAGGCAUGCCAUUAUCAUGACUUUAAAAUUUCCAUUGCAUCGCUGGAGAAAAUACAGAAAUGAGGUCAAACUAAAUACCAAUAUUACCUAGUGAUCUUGUUCAUUUAUGUUAAUAUUUGCAAAAGUCGUAAAUCCGUGCAAUAUUUUUCUUAAAACUGCAUGCCCGCUGAUAUCUGACGAACGAAAUUUGUUUUUCUUCCUGUUCUCCUCGCCUCCCUUUCCGUCUUCAUAAAAAUUGCCACCAUCGACCACAACUUUAGGGUCUGUCAUAACAUAGUCUCGAGAUACGAGACAUAUUGAAGUCAUUUUUCAUUUAAAAUCAAGAUUGAGAUCCUAGGAACACAUACCGUAAAUCCUC